AAAAUGAAAUUACUUUAUUCAGCUAACUAAUGGAUAAAUAUUUACUUAUAGUUUCAGAAUCGGCCACAAUUAAGCAGGAAAUUGUAAAGUUACCUGCAAUAAUGUCCAAUUGUAACUAGACAGAUGUGCCAAAUAUUGAGGAGUUAAAUACAUUCGUGUCCAAGAUUAACCACUAAAAAAGACUUUGAGUGCGGCCAAACUUUGGAAAAAUAAAUAUCUAUUUACGAGGCAGCGCGUUUAGAUGGAUCGGAUCGAUUGCGAUUAAACAACAACAGCAAUACGUAUUGUUUUAUGAAAAUCCCAAUUUUAUGAAUCUUUCUUAUAUAUCUAAUUAAAAAUAAGGAAACCCUCCCAACUAGUCAAAGGCAAAAGAAAAGUAAAUUUAUAAAACAACAGUUUAAGAAUAGAGGAGAAACCCAUUAAAAAAGACAAGUGAUUGAAACAGUUGCAUUUAACAUUACGUAAAUUCUUUGCGGCUCUACCAUUCUAGGCAAUCUAGAUUUGCCAUUUCCUCGCAUUAUUAAAGGAUCUCUUCAUCGUGUAUAUCAUACAUAUAUAAAUACUCGCUCACACACGUUCCAUAGAGCCCAAUCGUUGUGAAAUAAAUUCAUAUAAAAUGGGCAACAAAAAUUCCUGCUGCGCUUAUUCCAGUCCUCAAUCAGAUCGAAAAUCAAAAGACAUACCACCCGUCUAUGAGGAGCGUCAUCACGUACAUAGCAGCCAUCACACUUCUUCAUCACAACAUCAGCUAGAUGGUCAUAUUUCUGCUUCCACAGCGGCUAUUCAUCACAGUGAUGGUACACUGGACAAUCCGCAUAAUUUACAACAUAUUUCAGAACGUGAGGCGCUCGAAGGCGAUGAUGAUCCUUCCGUUGACCCAACAGCGGCCACUAUGUUCCUCGAACGAUCCAAAGUCGAAAAUGGUGGUAUUUCACGUAAGCGCUCCCAGCAUCAAAUCGCUCAACAGGCGGCGAAUUCAACUGGUGGUGGUCUGAAGAAAAGUUCAUCUUGCUCCACCAUCUAUUUGGAUGACAGCACUGUAUCACAACCAAAUCUCAAAAAUACAGUGAAAUGCGUCUCACUCGCCAUUUAUUAUCACAUCAAAAACCGACAGUCCAAUCGUCGGCUAGAUAUUUUCGACGAAAAGCAGCAUCCUCUUACGCAUGAUGCUGUUCCUGAUGACUAUGAUUCGCAUAAUCCGGAACAUAGACAGAUCUACAAAUUCGUGCGCACGCUCUUUAAUGCGGCUCAACUGACUGCUGAAUGUGCCAUUAUAACGCUAGUCUAUCUUGAGCGUUUGCUCACUUAUGCGGAAUUAGAUUUGGCACCGUGCAAUUGGAAGCGUAUGGUAUUGGGUGCCAUACUGCUCGCCUCCAAAGUGUGGGAUGAUCAAGCUGUCUGGAAUGUGGACUAUUGUCAAAUCUUAAAGGAUAUCACCGUUGAAGAUAUGAAUGAACUUGAACGCCAAUUCCUUGAGUUAUUGCAAUUCAAUAUUAAUGUGCCCUCAUCCGUCUAUGCCAAAUAUUACUUUGACUUGCGUACGCUCGCCGAAGCGAACGACUUGUCAUUCCCAACAGAGCCUCUCUCCAAGGAGCGGGCCCAAAAGUUGGAGGCCAUGUCACGCGUUAUGCAGGAUAAAGUGACUGCCGAAGCAUUGAAGAAUGGAAUGAAAAAGUGGUCAUCAAUGGACAACAUAAGCCAAGGCGGGCCGCGACGUUCUGUGGCUAUACUUUCGUGAUUUUCGUUAGUUUAUUAGAUAGCAUUUGAUAAACUAAGGUUAAACAAAGAAGAAGUGCGUGAAACAUUUAAAUAUUUUGAUUAUCAAAUAAUUAUACGCACACUUUAGAAACUCACAUUUCCUCAGGCCCAUGGGAAACUCGUAACACACGAUUUGUUCAAGUACGCAAUUUUAUACGUACGAAAACUUUUGAAAGUAGAUUCUCAGAGAGAGGAAAGUCAGCAAAGGAGUAUUUUGGUAGUUUGGUCUUACCAUAUAUUGCGAUUUCAUUUUCAUUGGAGACUGCAAUCAAGUUUCAUGCGAAAAAAGUUUCAUCGUAAAAUAGCUUAUAAAAAUCACUCACACUCCCUAGUGCGGGCACAAUUGCCGUCAAAAUGCGUCGGGCAUUUCUGAAAUGCAAUGAUAAUGCUGUCAUUACUUCCCCUAAAAAUACUUCUCUUUAUUUAUACUGUUUAAUCAAAUGCAAAGCUCUUGACUGGAAUCACAAACCAUAAAUAUUAGAAUCGCCUACUACUUCAGCUGCUUGUAUGUAGCUGUAAAUUACCAAGGAAUUGUCCUUUUUCAUGAGAUUGAAAUAUAUUUGAAAACCUAAUUUUAGAGUCGCAAACAUGCCUGCGAACUCGAGUGAACACACAUAGGGUGCAUACAAUAGCAAUACGAUGUGGUUUAAAGCAAAAAUAUUUUUAACGGGAAAAAAAUGGCAGACGCUGUUGAAAUUUGUUUGCUUGCAUUGAGUAAAGGAUAUCCCUCACGCACAGGAAAACAUCAGAAAUAUAUGCGAAAUAAUCUCAAGAUACGAGUACACUUGCACAUUGACACUUCCGUUAAUAACCGGUAGCAGUAGCUAUUUACAAUAGUUUGUAUUUAUAAAACUCGAAUUGUGCAAACCAAGCGCUAAGGACCAUUUUAAGUAGCUUUUAAUAAAUGUUAUUCAAGUAUAAAUACAGAGAGAAGUAGAAUAUUCAGAUUUUAAAAAUAAAGAAUCAGUGGGGAAAAAAAAUUAAAGUAGAUUACGAUUUAAUAUGAAUGAAAACACGAAUUGUAUGCUUUAAAAAGCUUAAUAAGACUCCAAAGUACGCAGAUAUUUUUAGUACUAAAGGAAAUCAUAAAUAAAAAAACACGAUUCAACGUCAAACAAUUAUUUCAUAAUCAAGAUUAUUUUGUAAAUGUUUUUUAUAUUUGUAAAACUAAAACUAUAAUUUAUCAGACUUAAACGGACUUUAGUUACCAAAAUCAUCGACUCUAAUACAUAAAACAAAGAAUUGUAUAUUUUUUGUAUAAAAAUUAUUUUUGUGAUCAUAAAAAUGUGUUAAUGCAAUUUCACUCUAGGUGGUUUUCAAAAAUGCGUUUUAAUUAUCGUAUACACCUAUUUUAAAAUCUUAAAUCUAAAAAAAACAUUUAAUUGUUCUUAAGUAACACUAAAAAGUAACGAACAAAAAUAAAUUACUUGAAACUCUUUAAGCUCAUAACAUUACUGCAAAGUAUCUAUGUAAGAUUUACUUUU